AUGCCCUCACCAAUCCCCACCCGCUACUUAGCCAACACCUCCGCCGCCCUAGGCCUCUUCAUCGUAGCGAACAGCAUCUACGGCGCCGUCAAUCCCCGCGGCGCCCUGAACAUGCUGGGAUUCCCUGUCCCCACCUCGCCGUCCGACCAGAAGCUUGUGCUCGGCCUGACGCGCAUGCAAGCCACUACACGCAUCGCGCUGGGCGCAUCGACGCUGGCUAUGUGGAAUUAUGGGUGUUAUAGGGCUAUGGGGCUUGGGGGCGUGGUUGGAGUGUUGAUGGCUGUCGUUGAUGGAUUUGUGAGUCGGGAUGUGAUAGGGAAAGGGGAAUUGGGCCACUGGUUUGCGGCGCCGAUUGGGCUUGGGAUCAGCAUCGGGCUCUUGAUGGACUGA